AUGUUUGAUUUUCAUCUCGCUUCUCGCUCUUCCACGGAAGACGACGCCUCGCAGUUCCCCGCGUUCAUCCACAAAGAGGAGUACCGGGAUCUUCUGGCGAAGUGGGGCUUCCUGCAACCAGGGGAGUGGUCGCUGCAGCGGUAUCAGUACUCCUUUGCCGAACGAGCACCACUCGCCAAUGAAGUCGCCGCGGGCGGGACGAUGCCGGGCUGUGGUGUCCCCGCCGCGUCUGCCGACGGCGCUCGCCUUCCGGCCAAAGCCGCUGCCAAUUCCCCGAGCCCGGUGACGGCGGCGGCGCUGCGCUUCCACCACGGCAUGGCGAAGGACUUUCUCCGCAGCCUUUUUUCGUCGUCUCUCGUUCGGUCUCAUUUGAAGGGGGCCGUGGGGGACGAACGCGCCACUCUCCGCUUCCGACCUUUAACGUGCAGCUGGACGACGCUGCAGCCUCUCCGGCAAGCGCUCGUGGAUGCCAAGGUCGUGCGCCAGGUUCGCCCCGUCAUGGAUAACGCAGACGCAUCGGAAAGGAAUCCGCACGGUGGUGGUGGUGAUGAGGAUUGUUUUCGAUUGCCAACGGUGAAGUGCGCGGAGGAGCUGCUGCCGCACGGCGAGAUGAUCAGCGACGAGCUCCGUGCGUUGUUUCUCCAGGCACAUCAACGGAGCUGCAGCGGCGUCGGGCAUUCUUCUGCGGCGUUCGACACGCAAAGCGAAGAGGCGGAGAGUGGCUCGUACGCGGACGAGGACGAUGAUGGGUGGGGUGUGAUGGCCGGUGCGAAGCUCCCUCUACGCCAGCUACGGAGAGUGUUCGACAAGAGCGCUCGAGGGGAGCUGCUGUACCACCUGCUGUGGCGGCUCAUCGCCGGCAGUGGCCCGCUGAACCAGUUCGAGGACGACGCCGCGGCGUAUUUCGACGUCGCACGGCAGCUUUAUCGGUCGCUCGUCACUUCAUUUCACGUUCGGGAAGUGGCGGUGCUGGGGAGGAACAGCGAGAGCGUCGAUGAUGAUGUGGCAGCGCUCGAGUCGCCCAACGAACCGCCGUCCACCACGCGGUAUGAGGCGGUGAUCGACGCCCUCGUGUACGAAGUCAGCUCUGCUCCUGGUCUGCGGCUGUUUCCGGCGAGCGAUGGCGUUGCACCGAGUAAUCUGAACUACUGCUAUGUGGUGGUGAGCGCGAUGGAGCAGACCGUGUGUGUGUGGUACCAUCACUGCUGA